AUGCCGAAGGCCGCAGCAACUAAGAGGGGUAGCAAGGAGACCAAGAGGCGGACCAAGAAGGAUCCCAAUGCUCCCAAGAGGGGUCUCUCUGCCUACAUGUUCUUCGCCAACGAGCAGCGCGAGAAUGUCCGUGAGGAGAACCCCGGGGUUUCCUUUGGCCAGGUUGGCAAGAUUCUCGGUGAGCGGUGGAAGGCGCUCAGCGAGAAGCAGCGCGCCCCGUAUGAGGCCAAGGCUGCCGCCGACAAGAAGCGGUACGAGGAUGAGAAGCAGGCGUACAACGCCCAGAACGAUGACGAGUCGUCUUAG